AUGGUGUUAGUCUAUGUAGAUGACUUACUAAUUACAGGCAGUAGUCAGCAUCUUCUAAAACAAACCAGAGAUAAGUUGCAAACCAAAUUCAAGAUGAAAGACUUAGGAGAGUUAAAGUUGUUCCUUGGAAUUGAGUUUGCAAGAUCAAGUAAGGGUAUUGUGAUGUGUCAAAGGAAAUAUGCCGUAGAACUAAUAACUGAAGUUCAUGUACUGAGUCAGUACAUGCAUAGCCCAAAGGUUUCUCAUAUGGAGGCUGCCUUAAGAGUGGUCAAGUACAUAAAAGAAGCAACUGGACUAGGAUUGCUUAUGCCUGCAAAGAGCUCUAACCAAUUGCUUACCUAUUGUGACUCAGACUGGGGAGCUUGUCUUCAAACUAGAAGUUCUGUAACAGGUUAUCUUGUGAAGUUUAAAGAUGCAUUAUUCUCAUGGAAGUAA